AUGGCACGCACAGCACUUUUUGUGAUCGACAUACAAGUCGAAUUGGCGCAAAAUGCAACGACCGAGAUACCACACGCGGAGCGAAUUCGAGAAGCCGGAACUAGGAUCCUGCAAAGAGCACGUCAAGCCAUCGACUCGGCUGACAAGCAUGGACGAACACCAGAUUUGGAGAUUGUGUUUGUGCAACAUGAGGAGGUUGCAGAGAAAGGACCUUUGGUGAAAGGGAGCAAACCCUGGGAGCUCGUGUUCAAGCCGCGAUACAAUGACAGAUGGGAAACAUUGGUGUCAAAGAACGUCCGGGAUGCUUUUGAGUCCAACCCGCAACUUGCGGAUCAGCUGAAGAAGGAGGGUGUAGAGACGAUUGUGGCUUUUGGAAUACAGAGCGAAUGCUGUGUGCUUUCGACUUGCAGAGGUGCGUUGGCGGCUGGAUUCAACGUCGUCUUGUUGAGGGAUGCGCACUCUACUUACGACAUUGGUGACAAGCCCGCGGGGGCUAUUGAAGGAGAGGUAGAAUCUCAGCUCGAGAAGGCUGGCGCUGAGAUACUACCUUGGGAUUUAUGGAAGCCAUCAGCUUCAUGUAUAUGA